UGGAUGCGGACGCUGGGAGGAGAGCCCCUGAGCUAGGAGCUGGGAGCCGAGGCGCAGAGAACACGUAGCGACUCCGAAGAUCAGCCCCAAUGAACAUGUCAGUGUUGACUUUACAAGAAUAUGAAUUCGAGAAGCAGUUCAACGAGAAUGAAGCCAUCCAAUGGAUGCAGGAAAACUGGAAGAAAUCUUUCCUGUUUUCUGCGCUGUACGCUGCCUUUAUAUUUGGUGGUCGGCAUCUGAUGAACAAGCGGGCCAAGUUUGAACUGCGGAAGCCGCUCGUGCUCUGGUCACUGACUCUUGCGGUCUUCAGUAUAUUCGGUGCUCUUCGAACUGGUGCUUACAUGCUGUACAUUUUGAUGACCAAAGGCCUGAAGCAGUCAGUUUGUGACCAGAGUUUUUACAACGGACCUGUCAGCAAAUUCUGGGCUUACGCGUUUGUGCUCAGCAAAGCACCCGAACUAGGUGAUACGAUAUUCAUCAUUCUGAGGAAGCAGAAGCUGAUCUUCCUGCACUGGUACCACCACAUCACUGUGCUCCUGUACUCUUGGUACUCCUACAAAGACAUGGUAGCUGGGGGUGGUUGGUUCAUGACUAUGAACUAUGGCGUACACGCCGUCAUGUACUCUUACUACGCCUUGCGGGCUGCGGGUUUCCGGGUCUCCCGGAAGUUUGCCAUGUUCAUCACGUUGUCCCAGAUCACUCAGAUGCUGAUGGGCUGUGUCAUUAACUACCUGGUCUUCAACUGGAUGCAGCAUGACAAUGACCAGUGCUACUCCCACUUUCAGAACAUCUUCUGGUCCUCACUCAUGUACCUCAGCUACCUUCUGCUCUUCUGCCAUUUCUUCUUUGAGGCCUACAUCGGCAAAGUGAAGAAAGCGACGAAGGCCGAGUAGUGUCAGAGCUGAGGAGGAAGACAUAGCUCAGGGUCAUCACGAAAAAUAAUAGACAAAAAGAAAAUGGCACAAGGAAUCACAUAUGGUGCAGCUAAAACAAAACAAAACAUUAUGAGCAAACGCUAAGCCCAAGGCAGCUUGGGAGUGAAGAUUAGGUUGUAAGUUUAUGAUCCUUUUUGGGUGAGGACUCACUGAGAGCACUGCUGCUGAGGGACCCCCUUCCCUCUUACCUGUCAACUCUAGAACACACUAGAAGCCAAGGCAGCCAUGGGCAAGGAGAUUAGUGGACAGCAAGCAAAACACUGCAGGAAGAGGGGGGAGAUCUAUUCAGAGUUUUUUGUUUUGUUUUGUUUUGUUUUUCUCUAAGGAUAAAGGAGUUUCCCCUUUUCAAACUGUGUGAGCACACCCACGCGCAUGCGGACACACACACACACACACAUACACACACACACACACACAUACACACACACACACACACACACACACACACACACACACACAAUCUUUUCCACAGGAAACCAGAGCUGGUAGAAAAGAUAAACGGUAAGCGACAGGGUUUCUAUCUAGGACAGCAAUGCUUUUGCAAAAACCUAAGCCUUUUAAAGAAGUUAGCUUGUAACUCCUUGACAAAAGAUGUCUUAAUUCUUUUUACUGUAACUGAAAGUCAAAAAGGUAGAUACCUUCCCCUUCACUGCACAGCCUCGGGCUUGUUCGUUUGCUACAACGGAGCAGAGGACAGUUCUUCCGUGAUACUUUAUUUCUGGGAGAAAGAAAACCAUGCAGCCCAAAUCCCGAGAAGGCGGCCCAUAGCUAACCCUGCAGUUGAAGCAUCACACUGACAGCUGUUAUUUCUGCUCUUCGGUGAGAAUUGAAGCAGCCGUUGUUCAAUUACCCCAAACUUUAGGAUGGGGGAGUAAAUACGGAAUUGAAAAGAAAGAAGCUCGACUGGUUGGCUUGAAAAUGGAAUCUUGUACUAUCUAUAACAAAACUCAGCCCAUCGUCCCUGGAGCUGGAAGGACUAUCAGAAGAGACCAGAACUGAAGAUUCAUCCAAUACACAGAUGGCAUGUUCGCCUCCUUCCCCGUUUGACCUCACACAUAGUCCUGGCUUUCUAAAUGAGGUCCUAUGACCCAGUCUGUGUUUUCUAUAUUUUUGUGACUUUCAAAAACAGAUCCGCAGGGCUCUGCAUUUGGGGUAAACACUGUGUUUCUGCAGCCUCUGCAUUCGCUCCCUUCAGCAAUGCAGAGGCGUGAGAAGUGCCCUCUGCUGGCUUAGUGAGAAGCUUCAACAAACACUUCAUAAUAGGUUGAAAUAGCUGACCACAAAGGGCCUGCGUAGAUUAAACCCUAAGUUAAGUUCUAAGUGCUGUCAAACACCUGACAUAUAUUUGACCAAAUCAGAAGAGAGAGAACCUCUAUGCUUCAAGUAAGCUUCAUAAAAAAUUUUUAAAGUGACUUUCACUUGGGAACUCAGAAAGUCAAUGUAUUAAGAGCCAUAUUCUUAAAAAAAAAAAAAAAGAAAGAAAGAAAAGAAGAAGAAAGCUAGACAAUGUUAUCUGUAAUAUUUCAGUCCUUUACAAGCCAAAUAAAUGUGUCGAUGUUCCU